CGGAGUCUCAGCCAGUGUGGCAGCUGGGAAUGUGAGGGUUUCAACACACACUGCUAUUUUCAGGACAGGGAACAGUAGCAGGGGGAGAGACACAGCCACGGCUCGACUCUUAUCCUCUUCAUUUGAAAUCAAAACGGGGGCGACUUGCGUUUUCUCUCCGGGGGUAGCAGAGCUUUCGGACCGCAUCUUGAUGGUCAUCGGACAACAGCUGGUGGUGGUUCACUGCGGGGCUGUGUGCUAGAGCAGCCGGAGCACCGCGUUUACACCCGGGUCUGUGCAGGAAAAACAGCCUCACCUCCAACCUGGUGGGUCCGCAAAAAAAUGCAUUGAAGUGUCACCUUUAAAGUCAGUAUAAUCUUAAUGUUCCCCGCUGUGAAACACGGUUAAAUGCGCCUAUUUCACCCCGACGAUGGACUGAAAUCUGUGGCGGGGGCGACCGACACAACCUGCCGCGAUUUUCCCUGCGUGUAAAUAAAUAAAUGAUAGAGGAUACAAUGACCCUGCUGUCUCUGUUAGGUCGGAUCAUGCGUUAUUUUCUGCUCAGACCGGAGACCUUGUUCCUGCUAUGUAUCAGCCUGGCUCUGUGGAGUUACUUCUUCCACACGGACGAAGUGAAGACCAUCGUCAAGUCCAGCCGGGAUGCAGUCAAGAUGGUCAAGGGGAAAGUGGCGGAGAUGAUGCAGAAUGAGCGGUUCGGUGGGCUGGACGUCCUGGAUGCAGAGUUUGCCAAGACAUGGGAGUUCAAGAGCAGUAACGCGGCCGUGUACUCCAUCCAAGGCCGGAGAGAUCACAUGGAGGACAGGUUCGAGGUGCUCACCGACAUCGUCAACAAGAGUCACCCGUCUAUAUUUGGGAUUUUUGACGGCCACGGUGGAGAGGCGGCUGCUGACUUUGCAAAGGCCCACCUGCCCGAGGCUCUCCGCCAGCAGCUACUGACCUAUGAACGGGAGAGAGAGCGAGACAGAGAAAAGGACAAGGAGAAGGAUGAGAAAAAGGAGAGGGGCGGCCCGUCCUAUCCAUCCAUCCUGGAACAGCAGAUCCUGACUUUGGACAGAGAAAUGCUGGACAAGCUCUCCGCCACUUAUAAUGAAGCAGGUACUACAUGUCUGGUGGCACUGCUGUCUGAUAAGGAGUUGACGGUGGCCAACGUUGGAGACUCACGUGGAGUUCUUUGCGAUAAAGACGGCAACGCCAUCCCUCUAUCGCACGAUCACAAACCCUACCAGCUCAAAGAACGCAAGAGGAUCAAGAAAGCUGGUGGUUUCAUCAGUUUCAAUGGCUCAUGGCGUGUACAGGGCAUCUUGGCAAUGUCCCGUUCUCUGGGCGAUUACCCCCUGAAGAACCUCAACGUGGUCAUUCCUGAUCCUGACAUCAUGUCGUUUGACCUGAACAAGCUGCAGCCAGAGUUCAUGAUCCUGGCGUCAGAUGGCCUGUGGGACACCUUCAGCAAUGAAGAGGCAGUCCGCUUUAUCAGGGACCGGCUGGACGAGCCUCAUUUUGGCGCCAAGAGCAUCGUCCUCCAGUCCUUCUAUCGUGGUUGCCCUGACAACAUCACUGUUAUGGUGGUUAAGUUUAAAGGCAAGGCCAGUGAGCAGUAGACAUCCGUCUACCACACACAGUAUAUAUAUGAUGUUUAAAUAUAAGCAAGAAUAGGCUUAAGAUGAAAGUGUCAAAAACCAAGCCUGCAACUUUUUGAGCGAGAACUAUUUCUAUCACUGAUAUCUACAAAAUUUAACCUUCAGUGCAUCAAACCACAGCCUCCUUUACUUUUACUGCCGUAAAAGUGACAUUUGUGACAAAAUGUCUUUUCAUUUAAGCUUAGCCAUAUCGUUCAGACACCAUACUGCGAUCUGGGUCACUGUUAUGCAAAUGAACAGAUUUAGCUUUGUGUGGCUGUGGGUACGCCCAUGAGUGUGCAUACGUGUGUGUGCGUGCGCGUGUGUGCGUGUGCGUGCGUGUGCGUGUAUGGGUGGGAGGGAGUGUCUGCGAGGAGAAAAGGAGAUAGAUGUCUAUCUUUGUGUGAUCAACGCACAAAUGUCAAAUUAAGAAUUCAUUGUCAAUGAGACAUUUAAAGUGUACAUGAUAGCAUGGAGUUUCUCUUCCAUAUAAUUUUGAAUAUAUUGUCUUUCAAUCAAUGUCAGUGUGACCACUAAUUUUCUAUUUUUUGUUUCCUAACUCUAUGUGUUUCAAAAUUGUCCACUUGUAUUGACGUCUACCAGGUGACCGCACUGAAAAUUCCGUCAUUGAACACAUUGGGGGUUUAUUUUUUUCCCUGGAUCAAACAUAUGUCACUGGUGCAAAUCGACAUUAUGAAUUUAUUCCCUUUUAUACAUUAGCAACACAACAAAUAAUAUACCUAUGCUUGUUCUAAUGUCACCAUACAUAUUGUACAGCAAUAGAGCCGAUUACAUUGGAGGGUGAAUGAAGUGUUUGUUGAGUUGCCCCAUUUUAUUAUUUAGUUUUGAAUGUCUUGAAACAAUGGUUGACAGUCUCACAUCUGUUAUGAAUGUUAACUUUUUGAAGCUGAGACUCCCAUCCGAUUACUCUGUUCUACCCCAACAUAUCAGAAUCUAUGUACUGCUGAUAAUGAGAUAUCUGUUGGAUAAUCUAAUAUCUUGUCAAAAUGUAAUAAAAUGUCACUUUAAAUUAAAUAAAAUAUUAAAGCAAUACAUUUCCAGAUAAUAAAUCAUAUUAUGACACUGACUACAAAUUAUUGGCUGUUGUAAGAAAAGGUAAUACAUUGAGUGUAAUAAAUGAAGUAAUAGUUGACAGUUAUACUUUUAAUAUGAUUACAUAAUCUGGAAAUUAAAAUAAACAUUUUACAUAUGUUACCUAUUGACAUACUAUUUAUUAGAUUGCCUGACCUUUUUUUAUCAUUUAGUGCCAUCCACAUUGAGUAUAAAGAUACUAAAACUGACAACUUACACUUACCAUCUGUCAGGAGUCAGGACAUGUCAUGUCUUACAUCCUGAUGCAGAUCACCUUCAGUUGGAUCUAAUUUCUCUGAACACAAAAUAUAACAAGCCUUUGAAUGAAAUGCGUUAUUGUUGCCUUAUGUUUUUAAACUGUUCGUCUCCUGUUCUGAAGUCUGCUGCCAAAACUACUUCUGUCUUCUUUUUUUAAAUGUAACACCGUUGAUCAUGCCACGCACACUGCACAACCUCAGCGUCCUACCGCAUCAACUCACAUGUAGAAUAGCAUUGUUGAGAGAACGUCUCCAAGAGACAUGAUAUUGUACGAUGAAUGUACAUACUGUCGUCAUAUUCAGUCACCCGCCCCUUCUCCGUUUAUACAGCAAUGAAGAAAGCAAUGCGCCUGUUCGUGGACUGUUUAACUUCAGAGAUAUAUACCAGAUAAAACUGUUUGUUUGUGCUUUUCAGUUGAACAUUUUUCCUUGAUAAUGUACGUUACAGAAUGUUUAUGUGGCAUUUGUACUUGUUUUGUUGACUUUAAUAAACUGUAAAAAA